ACAUGUAAUUUAAAAGUGAUAACAAUUAGUUAACCCAAGAUUAUUUGGUCCACUUAAAUUACCAAUAUGAUUUUCAUUAUUUCAACGACAAUCAUUUUCAAUUUGUUCAUUUGUGGUGGUCACUCAUGGGCCGUUGGAACUGAAUUCCCAUGUCCAGAUGAUCCGCAUCUCUUUGACCCUUGUCAUUGUUCAGUAGUUUCCUUUGAUUCAGUUAAUUAUUAUUCACAAAUUACCUGUUCAGGUGUAAAUGGUAAACAAAUCAAGGAAGCUUUUAAUCGGGCUUAUCAUUAUAAUAACCAUAAUCAUCACAAUAUUUCACGAUAUUAUGAUAUUCUGGUCAUUAAAGAUGUCGGUCUUUUAAAUAUCUGUUGUGAGGAUAUGCUGGAAGGAUUCAGAUUCAAGACAAUUAAGAUUACUGAUUCAAAGAUUUGUGUUAUCCAUGCAAAUGCCUUCACCUCAACUCAUAGUCAAACCAGUGAAAUUGUCCUGAUGGAUGUUACAUUUACACCGAAUCUUGUUGAUGGUGUCCAAUUGUUCAGAGUAGUUCGAAACUUUGGUAAUUUAAAAGGUUUUUACAUAAUCACAUCCAAUUUAGAGGAUGUACCAGCUAAUGCGUUCAACGGUGGAUCGAUCCAUUCCCAUGGAAGUAACUUCGGCAGUCAACUUGAGGUCAUUCGAAUUUGUAAUUCAAAGAUAACUCAUCUUCAUGAUUAUACUUUCACUGGAUUACCUCGACUCGUUUGGAUUGAUUUUGGUGAUAAUCAAAUAAAUCGGGUUUCGACUUGGUCGAAAAGUUGGUGAAAGUCGUUUUCCAGC